UGCCAUGUCAGCAGUGCCACGUCAGCAGUGCCACGUCAGCAGUGCCACGUCAGCAGUGCCCCGCCACCAUGACGGUCUCAGUUCUGGGCAUGCGAGGCCAACUGGCCACUGAGUCCAUUGCCGAGUACCGACAGCGGUUCCAAGCUCAGCUCGCACUGAUCGAGGCUGAGGAACAGCGUCAGGCGGCAGCCGAGGCUGCCCGCCUACAAGCUGAAGCGGCGGCAGCAGCUGAAAAGCAGCGGCUUCAGGCCGAAGCAGACGCAGAUACCCAGGCACGCCGCAAGGAGGCCCAGGAUCUGCUACAGCGGCAUGAAUCCGCCAGCAUCGAAAAGCUCAAGUUCUGGCAUUUUGAACCAUCCGAGCACUACGAAGACGCGACACCGGAAGAGCAGCACAAGGAGUUUCUUGCCAAACUCGUGACCCGGUUGGUUUACACUUGUAACCACCUGCAGUCCGAGCUGGCGAAUCUCCGACGGGCGGUGCGAAACCACAAGGAUCUGCACGAGGAUGCUACACGGGCACUUGAUUCCCGUGUACAGGACUUGGAGCAAGUUGCACCAAGACCAGAUGCUGGCGAGUCCAGCAGUGCACCCUCUACCCGCCAAUUGGAGGAACGAGUUGACCACGUAGUCGCAAUGCCCGACGACAUUAGCACCUUCGCUGCACCUGCCACCAUCACCAAGCAGCUGGACACCUUGAAGACCGAGGUUCAGCAACUGCACCAGCUGCCCAACAAGGAUGGCAACACCAGCGCGCAGCAAUACAAGAUGCCGACAUUCCGCAUCGAAACGUUCGAUGAUUAUACGCAUCAAGACCCGGUCCCCUGGUGGGAAGGCUCUACGACGCAACUUCGGAUUCUUUUCGUCCCCGAGCACUCGUACAUCGGCGCGCUGUUCCUCAACUCAAAGGGCGGAUGCCAGAUCUGGCUCAGCCACCUGGCCAUUCACGGCGUCCAGGUCGCCGAUCUACAAGAGAAGAUCGCUUGGGAAGAAUUGACGAGGCUAUGGAAGAAGCGCUUCAUCCUCACGAAAUGGCAAAAGAUCGCUGCAACGCCCGAUCUCGAGUUGUCAUUUUCACAUCUGGGUCGGGAGUUCUACAACCAGUCAUGUGCCGCCUUGAGCCUCGCACUUGGUGAUCGCGAGCAAUACACGACCUUCGCCGAAAUCAUCGACAAGGCAAGGCAGAUCAUCAAGACCAACAGGGCGGCUACAAACGAGAAGUCAGCGUGGCAGCCAACCUAUGUGGAGAAAGGAAAAUUUGGUCCGCGUCCGCAGCAUGUCGCUGCAGUCCAACCGGACAACAUUGUGGAAGACCCGGCAGCCACCCAAGCAUCACGUGAGGGAGAUCAGGUGGCCGCUGUCCAGCCGCGAAGCAACAACAACUCCCAAGGAAAAGGGAAGGCGAAACCGCAUCGCCGGCCGGAAAUGGACAGCCAGCACCAUGGGUCAACUUCGCCGCCAUCUAUCGCCGGGGAUUCGACGUCAUGGUCAAGACUUGAAGAGCUCGACCCGUUGACGUUAGCGGACUUCCAAUGGAUGCCCCUUCCGCCGUCCUGUCGAUUACCGAAACCGCAUUGCAACGUGCUCAUGGCACAAUUGCGGGAUUACUUGCACACUGUAGUACCAGCUCCGUUGAUGGACGCCGGAGUAGAGGUUGUCGAACUUCACGACUACGUUGCAAAGAUCGACCGCAAGUUCAAGACACAACGGUAUGACGACGUCGACGCGCCAUUGUUAUACAUACUCAUUCAAAUCGGACAGGCGACAUGCAGCGCUUUGAUCGACUGCGGAGCUACUCGCAACUACAUGAGCCAAGACUUUAUGGUACGCGUUGGCCUUGGGCCACGCGUUCAGAGGACGUCGCAGCCCACGCAAGUCACGUUGGCCGACGGUCACACGCACAAGUCAAUCGACCGGUGCAUUGAUGCCGUCCCCAUGUAUUUUGCCCCGCAUGCAAGAGAGGCCGUGUCCUUCGACAUUUUGGACACCAAAUUCAACAUGAUUUUGGGCAUGUCAUGGCUGCGAAGCGAGGAUCACCCGGUGAACUUCUACCGCGGCACCGUUCACGUUCGUGAUCGGAACGGAGUACUAGUCCCAUGCACGGUGCCUCCUCCUCAUCCUUCGAUUAGCUGCCACGUGGUGUCCGCUGUAAGCAUUCGAGCUUCCAUCAUCAGGGAUGACAUCGAGGAGAUGGGGGUGUGUUUUCUCCACGCCCUCCCGCCCCAUGACAUUCCAUCGAUGGACUCAUCACCGGACCCAUGCAUCACCGAGCUUCUCGACACCUACGACGACAUGUUCGAAGCCCCGCACGGAGUAGUACAAGAUCGGCCCAUCCGCCACGAGAUUAUCCUCGAGGUCGGGGCCGUACCUCUGCGUGGUUGCAUCUACCGCAUGAGCGAGGAAGAGUUAAAUGUGCUACGGGCACAACUCGACGACCUUCUCGAGAAAGGCUGGAUUCGGCCUAGCUCUUCGCCAUACGGUGCUUCCGUUCUCAUCGUCCGGAAGAAGAACAAGGAUUUGCGAUUGUGCAUCGAUUAUCGCAAGCUCAACGCGCAAAACGUCAAGAACGUCGGCCCUCUUCCCCGGAGUUUGGACGAGCAUGUGGAGCACCUGCGCACCGCUUUGGAGCGGCUACGACAAGCCAAGUACAAAGCCAACCGCGACAAAUGGGAAUUCGUGCGGCAAGAGCUCGAGUACUUGGGACAUUAUGUGAUGCCGCAAGGCAUUUGUCCGCUUGCGGACAAGAUCGAGGUCAUCCGAGUAUGGCCCGAGCCCACCAACACUACGGACGUUCGCUCAUUCAUGGGAUUGGCGGGCUACUAUCAACGCUUCAUCACCGAGUACUCAAGGAUUGUCGCACCUACGAUGAGAUUACAAUCGCCAAGGGUGCCAUUCGUACUCGAUGACAACGCACGCCGGUCAUUCCAAGCACUCAAGACGGCCAUGCUCAUGGCACCCGUCCUUAGCAUCUCUGACCCCACCCUGCCAACGAGAGUGACAACUGGCACUUCCGGCUAUGGCAUUGGGGCAGUCUUGGAACAACACGAUGACGACAAAUGGCACCCCGUGGAGUAUUUCAGCCACAAAGUGCCUCCCAUCAAUUCACUUGAUGAUGCAAGGAAGAAGGAGUUGCUCGCGUUCGUAAUGGCUCUCAAGCGAUGGCGGCACUUCCUCCUUGGGCGUCGUAGGUUCACAUGGGUCAUAGACAACAACCCGUUGACCUUACUACAAGACGUAGGAUACGGUGAGAAGCACGAUCGGACAAUGGAUGUACUUCAUCGACCAAUUUGACUUCACACCGAAACAUCUCGCCGUCCUCUCCAAUCGUGCAGCAGAUGCACUCUCGCGAAGACCCGAUCUUUGCGCUAUGACACAUCAUGCC